GAGAGUGCGAUCGUUGAUGGUGUAGUUGUGUGUUGCCGCGUUAAACCGGUCCAUGUCUUACUGAAUUGGAAAAUAAAGACUUGCAUAUCUCCUAUAAAAAUAUUGAAGAGUUUCUGUGAUCAUAAUUUUAAGGCAGCAUAAACAAUUGAAAUACAUACCCAUUAUCCGUUAUUUUGCGCUACGAGUGCAUAUUGUUAAUAUCGAAGACAACUUGAGUGCGCUGUUCAACUGUUUUGGGCCAUAGACGUGGUCAAUAGAAUUCGUAUUCUGUGGCAGCAUAAGCAUAAUUUGAGUUUUGUUUGUCGGGUUUAGGCAGAAGUGUUUUUCGCUGUCCGUGAAAUCGAAAUCGGAAGGACACGCAAGGUCCUAAUGUCCCACGAGCCCUGGUCGUUGCCGCCAAAAGAUGGCUUAUACGACCCCGUCAAUGAAAGGGACGCAUGUGGUGUUGGUUUCAUCGUGGCAAUUGAUGGACGGCGAUCUCACAAGAUCGUACGGGAUGCGGAGAGGUUGGCUAUGCGCAUGAACCACCGUGGCGCCUGCGCUUGUGACAACGACACUGGAGAUGGUGCAGGGGUGCUUACCGCAAUCCCGCAUACUUUUUAUGCCCAAGAGCUUAGGGAACAGCAGAACGCGGAGCUCCCUCCCUUCGGUCGGUAUGCCACGGGGAUUGUGUACGUGGACAAGACGCACCACCAGGAGAGCGAGACUGCUUUCGCCCAGCUCGCAGAGGAAUGCCAGUUGCAGGUGCUGUGCUGGCGUACCGUGCCGACUGACAGUGCUGGCAUCGGGGACGUCGCGCGCAACAGCGAGCCCUUCAUGCGACAAGUAUUCGUAACCGGCGACCAGGAUGAGGAAACCCUGAAACGUCAGGUAUUUGUUCUGCGCAAGAGAGCUACUCAUCAAAUUCCACGACCUGGGACAAGAUUUUACAUUUGUUCCUUGUCACUGUACACAGUAGUGUACAAGGGUCAAUUCACGUCAGAUCAGCUCUGGACCUACUUCAAAGAUUUGAAGUCGCCUAACUAUGACACAUACUUAGCACUGGUACACACCCGAUUCUCAACCAAUACAUUCCCAAGCUGGGAGAGGGCCCAUCCUUUGCGAUGUGUGGCUCACAAUGGAGAAAUCAACACUUUGAGAGGCAAUGUGAACUUCAUGAAGGCACGUGAAGGUGUCAUGAAAAGCUCUGUGUUUGGAAAUGACCUCAAGAAACUGUAUCCAGUUGUGGAACCCAACUUGUCUGAUUCAGGAGCUGUUGAUUGUGUCCUGGAAUUCCUUGUCAUGGCUGGAAAUAGACCAAUGCCUGAGGCUGUGAUGACAAUGGUACCUGAGGCAUGGCAGAAUGAUCAGACAAUGCCUGCAGACAAGAGGGACUUCUAUCAUUGGUCAGCCUGUGCAAUGGAACCAUGGGAUGGACCUGCACUGCUCACUUUCACAGAUGGACGUUAUGUUGGUGCUAUUCUGGACAGAAAUGGACUGCGCCCUUCUCGUUUCUAUAUGAUGAAGGACAACGUGAUGGUCAUGGCCUCUGAAGUUGGAGUCUAUGAUACAGACCCCGCCAAUGUACUUCUCAAGAGCCGAUUGAAACCAGGAAGAAUGUUGCUUGUUGACACUAAGGAGAAGACAAUGAUUCAGGAUGUAGAACUCAAGAGAAACAUUGCUGCAAGUCGCCCACACUCGCUGUGGCUCAAAGAGCAGGGGAUUCUGAUGGCUGAUCUUCGUGCAGAACAUGAAGUAAACAACAAGAGUGUGAUUGUGGCUAAUGGAAACGUUGAUGGAAUAGUGGAUAUGCAGGUCGGGAGUGUCAAUGGUAUUACAGAUGAAGGUCUUGCUAAAGUUUGGAGUGGAGAUAGGCGGCUCUCAUUAUUCAGUUACUCCAUAGAGACCAUCAAUUUGCUGUUGCUACCGAUGAUCCAGACAAAGAAAGAAGCCCUGGGAUCAAUGGGUAAUGAUGCUCCACUUGCUUGUCUGUCAUCAUUCCAGCCGCUGCCAUAUGAUUACUUCAAACAGUUGUUUGCCCAAGUAACAAACCCACCUAUUGAUCCAUUCCGAGAAAAGGUUGUAAUGUCCCUGAUGUGUCCUAUUGGACCUGAAGCAAACUUGUUGGAACCAAGUGAAAAACAGUGUCAUCGUCUGUUUCUGCCUCACCCUAUUCUCUCGCUGUCUGACCUGGAAGCCAUAAAAGCAACUAGAUAUAGAGGAUGGAAAACAAAAGUGAUAGACAUCACAUUUGAUGCAGAGGAAGGUCCGAAAGGACUGUCAAAGGCUCUGGACAGGAUCUGUGAGGAGACUUGUAGAGCUGCACAGGAGAGCUACCAGUUUCUUGUUCUGUCCGACAGGAAGGCUGGAAUAAACAGAAUCCCAGUCAGCACACUUCUUGCCUUGGGUGCCACACACCACUACCUCAUUGAGGAGCGGCAGAGAAUGAAAGUGGGACUUAUUUUGGAGACAGCUGAAGCCAGAGAGGUGCAUAACAUGUGUGUGUUGCUGGGAUAUGGAGCAGAUGCUAUCUGUCCAUAUCUGGUAUUUGAAAUAUCUCAAGCCCUCCGGAAUGAAGGUGUUCUUGAUGCUUCAUUUACAGAUGAUGUGUUGUACAAAAAUUAUUCAGAUGCUAUGGAGCGAGGCAUUGCCAAAGUGAUGGCCAAGAUGGGUAUUUCAACAUUGCAGUCCUAUAAAGGAGCUCAGAUCUUUGAGGCAGUUGGCCUAGCAGAUGAAGUUGUGGAGAAGUGCUUUAGAGGAACACAGUCUCGCAUUGGAGGUGUGACAUUUGAAAUACUUGCUAAGGAAGCAUAUGAAAGACACUAUCUUUCCUAUGGAGAUCAUACUUCUGAUAUGCUUGUGUUGAGAAACCCUGGACUCUACCAUUGGCGAAGUGGUGGAGAGAAGCACAUUAAUGAUCCACUUAGCAUUGCCAAUCUUCAAGAAGCAGCUGUAAACAAAAGUAGCAAUGCCUAUGACCGCUUCCGUGAAUCAACAAUGGAAAGUGUCAGAUCUUGUGCUUUACGAGGACAACUGGAAUUAGUCACAUCAGAUAAUCCUAUUGACAUCAGCCUGGUAGAACCAGCAUCUGAGAUAGUCAAGAGGUUUGCCACAGGUGCCAUGAGUUUUGGAAGCAUAUCUUUGGAGGCGCACACUACUCUGGCUCUUGCCAUGAAUAAAGUUGGAGGGAAGUCUAACACUGGAGAAGGAGGUGAAAAUGCAGACCGAUACCUUGAUCAAGAUCCAGAACACAACAAACGUUCUGCCAUCAAGCAGGUGGCUAGUGGACGGUUUGGAGUCACCAGUUCAUAUCUUGCUCAUGCUGAUGAUCUGCAGAUCAAGAUGGCACAAGGAGCUAAACCUGGAGAGGGUGGUGAAUUGCCAGGACAUAAGGUAACCAAGGAAAUAGCAGCCACACGACAUUCUGUGCCAGGGGUAGGUCUCAUCUCUCCUCCUCCACAUCACGAUAUAUAUUCCAUUGAGGAUCUGGCCGAACUCAUCUAUGAUUUGAAGUGUGCCAACCCUAAUGCCAGGAUAUCAGUUAAAUUAGUGUCAGAGGUUGGAGUUGGUGUAGUAGCUUCAGGAGUUGCUAAGGGAAAGGCAGAGCACAUUGUGAUCUCAGGUCAUGAUGGUGGUACUGGGGCCAGUUCAUGGACAGGUAUCAAGAAUGCUGGCUUACCAUGGGAGCUGGGUGUUGCUGAGACACACCAGGUGCUUGUAUUAAACAAUCUUCGUUCAAGGGUUGUAGUUCAGGCUGAUGGACAGAUACGUACAGGUUUUGAUGUUGUUGUGGCUGCACUAUUGGGGGCAGAUGAAUUUGGCUUCAGCACAGCGCCUCUGAUUGUCAUGGGAUGCACUAUGAUGCGAAAGUGUCACCUCAAUACGUGCCCUGUUGGUAUUGCUACGCAGGAUCCUGUCCUCAGGAAGAAAUUUGAAGGCAAACCUGAACAUGUAAUCAACUAUCUUUUCAUGUUGGCAGAGGAGAUUCGAGGUCAUAUGGCAAGUCUAGGAAUCACAAAAUUCCAAGACCUGAUUGGACGCACAGAUCUUCUGAGAGUAAAUGACACUGGAAACCCAAAAGCCAAAACACUCAACUUCAGCCUCAUCUUGAAGAAUGCGCUUCAUAUGCGACCUGGUGUUAACAUUGUUGGAGGUUCACAGAGACAGGACUUCCAGCUGGAGAAGAGACUGGACAAUGAUUUGAUAGAAGCAGCUGCUCCAGUUUUGCAAGGAGUGAAACCCAGGGUUGAUAUUGAAAUGAAAAUCACUAAUGAGGACCGUGCAUUUGCAUCGACUUUAAGUUACCAUAUUUCCAUGAGGCAUGGUGAUGAUGGAUUGCCAGAAAACAGUAUCAGUGUGAGGCUCACAGGGUCUGCAGGGCAGAGUUUCUGUGCUUUUAUGACAAAGGGAAUUCAUGUCACUCUGGAAGGAGAUGCCAAUGAUUAUGUAGGAAAGGGAUUAUGUGGUGGUGAAAUCAUCAUUUAUCCUCCAAAAGCAUCCUCUCCAGACUUCUUGUCAGAAGUCAAUGUAAUUGUUGGCAAUGUGUGCUUAUAUGGUGCCACAAGUGGAAAGGCAUUCUUCAGGGGCAUCGCAGCAGAGAGAUUCUCUGUUCGAAAUUCUGGAGCAGUGGCUGUUGUAGAGGGCGUGGGUGACCAUGGAUGUGAAUACAUGACUGGUGGUUGUGCUGUGAUUUUGGGCUUGACAGGCCGCAAUUUUGCUGCUGGUAUGUCUGGUGGUAUCGCAUAUGUUCUGGAUGUAGAUGGUUCUUUCAAGAGGAAAUGUAACAUGGAGACGGUAGAGUUAUUGCCACUUGAACUGGAAGAAGAUAUCAAUUAUGUGGAGAGUUUAUUGAAGGAAUUCCAAGAGAAAACAGGAUCACUUAUUGCUGAGGAUUUGCUAAAAACGUGGCCUGCACCAGUUUCCAGAUUUGUCAAGGUGUUUCCCUAUGAAUACAAACGUGCACUGCGACAGUUGGCUGAGGAAGCAGCCCAAGAGAAGGUGCAGCAAGCUGUCAAUGGGAAUGACAUCAAAUUAAAUGACUCCAAAGUCAGAGAUAUUGAAGAAUCGGUGUUAGAUGGGGCUUUUGAAAAGAAACGACUUGAGAAGAUACUUGAUAAAACAAGGGGCUUCGUCAAGUACAAGCGAGAGACAGGCAUGUAUCGUCCUGCAGAGAAGCGGCUUAAAGAUUGGGAAGAAAUCUAUAACUUCGGACAUGUCCGCAGUGGGUUGCGUGUGCAAGCAGCACGUUGCAUGGAAUGUGGUGUUCCAUUCUGUCAGAGCUCUCAUGGCUGCCCCCUUGGUAACAUCAUCCCUAAAUGGAAUGAUCUUAUAUUCCACAAUAAUUGGAAAGAGGCUCUGAACCAACUGCUGCAAACAAAUAACUUCCCAGAGUUUACUGGGAGAGUGUGUCCAGCACCAUGCGAAGGUGCAUGUGUGCUAGGAAUUAGUGAACCACCAGUGACCAUCAAAAACAUUGAAUGUGCCAUCAUUGAUCAUGCAUUUGAACAAGGCUGGAUUCAUCCAGAACCCCCUGCUGUUAGGACAGGAAAGAAAGUGGCUGUUGUUGGAUCGGGACCAUCGGGCUUGGCAGCUGCUCACCAACUGAACAAGGCUGGGCACAUGGUGACUGUGUUUGAGCGAAAUGAUCGUGUGGGAGGCUUGCUGCAGUAUGGUAUCCCAACCAUGAAGUUGUCCAAGGAAGUUGUCCAGAGAAGAGUUGGUCUGUUGGCCAAGGAAGGCAUUGAGUUCAAAACAAACAUUAAUGUUGGCAAGGAUAUUUCAGCCAAGGAUCUCUAUGAGGAGUUUGAUGCGCUACUCCUGUGCACUGGGGCCACUUGGCCACGUGACUUACCUAUUCCUGGAAGACAACUGGAAGGUAUUUAUUUUGCUAUGACAUUCCUGGAAAGUUGGCAGAAGAAGCAAAUGGGCAAUGUUGUGGAUCAGCCACAUCUUUUGGCCAAGGAAAAGGAUGUCAUCAUAAUUGGUGGGGGCGAUACUGGCUGUGACUGUAUUGCCACAUCUCUCAGACAGGGGGCCAAGUCCAUCACUACAUUUGAGAUUCUUCCAGAGCCGCCAGGAAAACGGGCUAAAGACAAUCCUUGGCCACAGUUUCCAAGGGUAUUCAAGGUAGACUAUGGCCAUGAGGAAGUGCAGUUGAAGUUUGGUCGAGAUCCCCGGCAGUUCAGUACACUCAGCAAGGAGUUUGUUGAUGAUGGUAAAGGCCAUAUAGCAGGUAUCAGAUCUGUGACAGUGAACUGGACAAAAGAUGAAACUGGACGCUGGAAAAUGGAGGAAGUUCCAGGCUCAGAAAAGGUUUAUAAAUGUGACUUGGUGCUUCUUGCAAUGGGAUUCUUGGGUCCUGAGAAGUACAUUUCCUCAGAGUUGGACCUGACUCUGGACCCACGAAGCAACUAUCAAACUCCAAGUGGCCAUUAUCAAACAUCAGUUCCAAAAGUGUUUGCUGCUGGAGAUUGUCGACGAGGCCAGUCACUUGUCGUGUGGGCAAUAUCAGAGGGGAGGCAAGCAGCACGUGAAGUGGAUGCAUUUCUCAUGGGUUCAUCAACAUUACCUGGUCCUGGAGGUGUAAUUACUGUGACUGCUAUCAGCCAGAAAGGGUAAAGCAAUCUGGUCUCAAACUUGUGAACUAUUCUUCCAUUUUGGCCUACACUAUGUUCAGAGGUAGGCUAGCUAGAAUGUAGUAAGUCCUGUACUAGACAUAUGUUGUCAGCAGUAAUAUAAGAUGGGAUGACUGUUUGAAGGUAACUGUGUUACUCAUAAAUAGUGGCCAAAUCACUUUCUCUUUUGAAUAACACAAGAAUUGAUAAGAAUAUCAUGCAUGAAACUAAAACAGAAAAUGUUAGUUAGUAUAGAAAGUAAUAUGAUGUAAAUAACUCCUGGAAAAGAGUUUUGAAGUCCAUGUCAUUACAUUGGAGUCCCCAUCUCAUGUUAUUGGAUCUGUUUCAUGUUAUUUUGCUUGUGAUAUAAAUAGUACAUACUGUAGCAACACAAUACAAUUAUAUUCCUGUAACUUUGUGUAGCCUGUGAAAUUAGCCAAACUCAGUUACCCUGUUACUGUAUAGAAGCAUUUUCUGACUGUGUUAAACCAAAAUGUAUUUCCAACAUUAACAUUGUGUAUUGACAUUUCAACUUCUUUUAAGAAUAUGAAAUUUAAAAUAAUACUAUGUAACAUAAAAAAAUAAUAAACUUGACUGAUUCAUGCAUCAGAUGUACAGAAUAUAGUGUCUGUUAGUUGAUUAAUUCUGACACUGGAGAUGAUAGGAGGGAAUAUUACAAUAAGGGGAACUUUGUAUAGUGUUGUUCUAUGUAAGACUCUAAAGGAUGAGUCUUAGAAUUGUCAUAUUGGCUGCAGAAACAGUGUGCAUAUUUAAUUCUGGUAGUAUAAUUAUAUUUUAUUUCAGUCUGAAUGAAAGUAAAUGAUUUCAGCUAAAUUUUAAGUAUUCAUAUACUAUUUUUGAUGUACUGUUUCAUAUUUAAUAAGACACCAAAUAAAAAAUUAAAACUAGACUGUUGAAUUGUACAAAAUGGCAACUUAUGAGAUGAAUAAAUUGAAAAAGGUAUAAUAAUGUUUUUUAUUUAUAUUAUAUAUAGUAUAGCAUUUAUUGUAUUUAUAGUGCAAGUGUUGAAUAUGUUUUGGUGCAUGUGUGCUUGAUAGAGUGAAGGAAUGAAUCUGAGAAAAGCACAGUGGUAGGGAAGAGGACAGAAAAUGAAAUGUUGUAGUUACAGUAGUCUUAGGCCUUCUGUUAUCAAAAUAUUUCUACAUAUAUACAUGUCCAUAAGACAUACCUUUGUGGGAGACACCCUGCUUUAAGUGGUUGAAAGAAUUUCCAUUAAGGUGCUUCUAAAUUAUAGAAUGCAUUGACACUAAUUCUGUUCUUUGGUUGCUACACCAGUGGUUUUGGGAGAUGUUGCAAAUGUUUUAGGGGAAGCAUGUACCUUUGAAACGGUCUCCCACAUCCACAUGGUAUAACACCCCAAGAACAGAACAUCAAUAAUUAACCACCGUGAAACCCUGAUAUCAGUGGUAGAAUGAAGUUUCAGUUUUCCUCUAGUGUUCUGUAGCUUAUAAAAUAUAGUUGUUACUGAAUCUAAUAUUGCAGAAAUAAUGGGUGGCGGUCUAAAUUUUGAGCAAAAUUUUCUGGUGUGUAUGUUCUCUCUAUGUGGUUUCUCUCCUAAACAUUCAGCUUCAUCCACAGCAAUUGCGGGGGUUCAUAAUGUAUGAUGGAAAAUGAAUCACUAAUUUCAUGUUUCCAGUAUUCAUUGAGGUGCAGUUCUUGUAGUAUUAUACAUUCUGUGUUUGAAUAGUUAUCAUAAUUAAAAUAGUGCAGCUGUUCCAUUAGUGAUACCAGUUUAACCAACAUCCUGAUUUUUAAAGAAACUGCCUUUGACAUAUCUGUGAAGACUCUUUGUUGAUCCAACAAAAUAAUGUAUGUACAGAAAUAAGCAGUCUUGGUUGGAAUAGAGGUUCUCACAGUGAUAACUGUGAGGAGUGCUCUCUUUAGGGAUGUUUCAUCAUGUAUUCCUUUAGUAGUUUGCUGAUGUUUGAGAGGAAUGUACUGCCUGUCUUCAGGACUGAAGAGUAAACAAAUCAAGAAACCAGCAGGAAACGGGUGAGAAGUAGAUUUCACUCUUCCUGUCCCCUGUUUCAUGCUGGUUUCUUGCUUGACAUACAUUGCUCUAAAACACUGUUGUACUUCUGUUGAUCUUCACAGUAUUAUGUCCCAGAAGUAGCCUUGAAUCAUGCAUUUGUUCUAUAUAUCAAGAAAAUAGAACUUGCUCUCAGUAAGUGUUGUAUACAUCAGGAACAGUGUCCACAUACAUGUACUUUUAGUCAUGUAAGAGAACUGAAAAAAUAAUGAGAAACAGUAGAGAACAUUUUGUUUUAUUUUUAGUAGAAUAAUUUGUUUUAUUUGAAAUUUAAUAGGAUUUAUUUAUGCUGUAUGCAACAGCAACUCCUGCAGAAUUGUUGUUUCAUUUAUGUCCAUUUUUGUAGAUCUAGUUCAGUCUAAUUUGAUAUCAGAUUAGUUUACCUUACUGCUGAUUAUCUUUGGUUUAAUGUCCAUACCCUUCAUUUGAGUUAGCUGAACAAAGAGGUCAGUAGCCACAGUUGUUAGAAGAGAAUUUCAUUUGGGCGCAACAAUCUGAGCUAUAGAACAUGAUUUCAAAUGUAAUGUGACACCAGCUUCCAUUCCCUGUCUGUGUCACUAUUGCUUUGUCAACAUGAAAAAAUUCUACUUCUUGUAAACAUGUUAAGUAUAUAUUGUGAUCAUUUAAUUUUCUGUAACUUGAAAAGACACUUAGCAUAUUUAAAAUUCUUACAAUUAAAAGACUUAAGUAGAAUGAUCCUAUGAAAGUACUGACUGGAUUGGAUUGAAAAGUGAAUUCUGAACACAAAACUCAUACCUUAUUAAUAAAAUUUAAAGUAAAAGUUUAAAUUUGUUUACAUUUCUAAUUGGUUACUUACAUAAAAUGUAAAUGUAGAUCAAUAUUAUCUUCUAAUUUUACAUUUUUGUUGCUUUGAACACACCAAUAGGCUGCAUCAUGGUAUUUAAGUUUUAUAUGGUUUGUUGGAAGUUUUCAGUUUUAUAGGGAGGAAGAACAAUAGAAAGAAGCUCCUUUCUCAUAUAACACCCCUUUCUUUCAUACAGUUUCUGUGUAAAAAUUAUUAGCAGAUAUUCAGUGUCAGUGGUCAUCAGUAAAUGAAAAUAAGUGGAAAGGAUAUGGAAAAGUUGAAUUAAUGUAUGGAAUGCUUCCAUAUUUUACAGUCAAACCCAAGAGAAUGAAAUAAGUCCUUCUAAGUACCUAUCCAUACUAGGACAUAAUUUUCGGAUGGGUCUUUUGCAUUUUUAUUGCCAGCAGUUCCUUAAAAGGAUACUUUAAGCUUCUGAUUAUAUGUUUGGAGCAAACUUCCAGACAGUGAGUCCAUUUAUGUACAGAUUUUCAUAUAUCAUUUCUCAUUUUACAUUAUAGAACCCAUAUGCUUUCAUGACAUAGUGCUUAAUUAGUUAAGCACAGGGACAACUUUACCUUACAUUACAGAAACAUCAUUACAUUAUUAAAUAUUGCCCACAGAUAAUAACCAAAAUUAUUGAAUCUUCAAAUAAUUUUGGUUUCAAAAUUGUAAUGAAAUUCCUUGCAUCACAUCUACUGUGGCUGUACCACAUUACACCAAAUUUACAUGAAAAUUGUGUUCAUGGUUUACAGUGUGCAUGUCUCACUGUACAUUGCAAGAAUUAAAGUACCCAGUUCUAAGUCAAACCACAUGCUUCAAAAUUCUUAUUUAUCUGUCAUGGCUAAGUGUGUUUGUUAUUAAUGUUCGUGGUCCAUAUUUAUUACGUGAAAGAUAACACAGAAAUAGUAAUUUUUCACUAUGAUGGAAAUGGGCUUUGUGGAAGUGUUUGUUUAUGUACUUAAAAUUAAAGAAUUUCCAUCCAGUUACACAAAAUUCAUUUUUGCCAUGCAUCCAACUGGUGUAUCAGAGUGGAUAAUAUUAAUAACAGUUAUUAUGUUACAGAUAGUACAUAAUUUUGCACUCGUCACAGUCAUAGACAAUUGUCUGCUUUUAUGUAUAGACAAAUGUAAUUAUUUCUUACUCUAAGGAGUGGGUUGGUUUGAUGCUGCGUAUCAUUCAGGUUGGACUAAUUGUUGUGUGCAUGAGGCUGGAUAUGCCACAUAAAUAUUAAUAUAACAGUGAAUUGACAAACAAUUUUAAGUAUUGUUUGACAAGAAAAGUACUACUUCAUUCCAGACUUUGUCCUGAAGAGAUACUAAUUUAAAUGUGGUUGUAGAAUAUGCUGAUUAAGACAACAAAUAUAAAACAAAAAUGAAUGAAGAGGCAGUAUAUUUCACUGGACUACAUCAGAGAAAUGUUGAUACAAUCUAGUCAUUGUGUUCCAAUUUAAAUACAUUCAGAAGUGAAAGAAUGUGAAGAAAUAAUAAUAAUAAAACUAUGACCAACAAGCUGAAGUGGACAUAGAGAUUCUUUCUUCAGGAAUAAUGAAUAUACUGUGCCAUCAACAAGUUGCUGGACAAGCUAGGUGCAUAAGACAAGAAAAUGAGUUAAUUGUGGCACAUACCUUAUCCUGGGUUGGAUUAUUAUUAGGGCAAUUUGUUUGUAUUAUACCUCGUUAUUUCCAGUAACAUGGAUAAGAUUUGAAGAAAGUCAUCUUCUGAGUUUAGAUGCCGUGUAUUCUUCGUUUUGGCCGACGUUCCUCCAAAACG